AAAAGUCUGACAUAAAUGUUGUGUUAUGUUGCAGGUAGAGUUGUUCUGAGAGACUGCACAGCAUAUUCAGGAAUUGAGUGCCGUUCUUGUGAGCUGGGGACCUUUAUGAACCAACCCAAUGGCCUGUAUAACUGUUUCCCCUGCACAUUAUGUGAUACAGGUCGUGGUCUCUUUGUCAAGCAGAAGUGUACAGCAACAACUGACACAGUGUGUGACGUUUUCAAUGGAUAUUACUGCAAAGGUUUGACAGACAGUAACGGAUGUAGUUUGGCAGAGAAACAUUCACAGUGUGCAGCUGGUCAGAGGAUAAAAGAACCUGGAACCAGCAGAAGUGACACAGUAUGUGAAGACUGUCAGCCAGGCUUUUUUUCCAAGGACGGUGUGAACUGCACAGGUUGGAAAACUUGCUCUGAGAGCCAGAUUAAAGUUGAAGAAGGAAGCUCAACCAGUGACGUUGUCUGUGAAAGCCCAUCAAGACAUCGUUAUUUUUUUAUUUCAUCUGUUGUGCUUUUACUAAUAAUAGCAAUUUGCCUUGUGACAACAGGAUUUGUGAAAGCAAGGAAACUGCUCAAAUAAUUGCUCAGGGACUACCCAUGAUGCCUGAGAAUGCGGACCUCAUGUUCGCCAUCUCUCCUCCAUUUGGCUAGCAGGAUUGAUGUCCUGACAUUGAUGAUGGCUUCACCUGGUUCGGGACUCAUUGUCCAACGUGGCACUUACACAGAUGUGCACAGCUGUUUAAUCAAAGUGAUGCUGCAGUCGUCUGUUGAGGGUGCUGACCAGCCAUCACCAAUUUCUCUGCUUGAUGCUCGCUCCAUUAUAGACAAACCAUUUAUUCUAAACGAUCCCUUCAUCAAGGAGUCUCCAGACUUCAUGCUCCUGACUGAGACAUCGCAGCAGGACAUGGAUCAUGUUUAUUUUGAGGAGAUCUGCACAGCUGGCAUUUCCAUCAUUGUAACUGGGUGUCUUUGGGGAUGUGGCAGAGGACUUUCUGCUGUGUACCAGCACAGACUCACAUGCAGGCUGAUGAAGUCAGACUCUAUUUCUUCAUUUAAGUUACAGAUGAUUAGGGUCGGUUCUUUGAAAACCUUUUAUUGUAUUUCAGUCUACCGACUUCCUGGUGUUGCCAGAGUAUUU